UGUUGUACCAUUAUAUUUGACGCAUUUAUUAAGAAGUCACACGAGGAGGAGAUAAAAAGAGAUAUGAAUAAUUUUAUUUCAUUUUUUUAGAUUAGUAAGAAAAAGUUCCCUAUUGAAUCGGAAUCUCGCCCACUUGACCUGACCCAACUACUCAAGCAAAAUUUCUUAAGAUGAGAUUAAAAAAAGUAUGGGCAUGUGAUCAACUUAAUAUGGAGAGAAAAAAUGGGACCACAACAAUUAGUGUAGUUGAAUAAGACUUAAUUAGUUUUAACAAAGGUAUAUUCGUAAUUUCCUACUCAAAAACUUUACCAAGAAUAUAUAAAAAUGUUGCAUUUAAUUUGAAAUCGCUGUUUAUGAAAACCGUUGCAUUUAAUUUGGAAUGGAAGAAGUAUAAAUAAAUAAAAAGUGAGAUUGAGGUAAUAAAAAAGAAAUAAGAUUAAAAAAAUAAAAGCAAAAUGAAGGAAAGUGCUACUAUUAAUAUUAAAGAAAAGAAGAAUUAUACACUUUGUUUUACAGCUGGAAUCAUAAACUAUUGUUAACCAAUAGUUGAUGAGAGUAGAUCUACAUAUACUAUUUGUUAAUCGUAAGUUUAGUUCUAAAUAUACUAAACUAUUGUUAAUCACAUAUACUAAACUAUCGUUAAUCAUAUACUAUUGUUAAUCAUAAAUGUAAGUCUACUCUUAUGGUUAACAAUAGUAUUGAAAUCAUAAACUACCGUUGACCAAUAGUUCAGAAGUGUAGAUCUACAAUUCUACAUAUAUUAUCUGUUAAUCGUAAGUUUAGAUCUUCAUAUACUAAACUAUUGUUAAUCACAUAUACUAGACUACCCGUAAAUCAUAAACUAUUGUUAAUCAAAAGUGUAUAGUAUUGGAAUCAUAAACUAUUGUUAAUCAUAAGUGUGGAUCUGUAUAUACUAAAAGGACUCCAAAUUUCCUAACUAUCACAUAGUAUAAUCUUUGAGUGGAAGAAAAUAAUAGACUACUUGCAAAAAUGGCGGCUGAGGGUGUUUUGGUUGACAUAGCUUCGAAGUUCUUGGGAUAUCUGGCUCAAUCAGCUUUCCAAGAGGUUUCAUCAUGGUGGGGUGUAAAGGGUGACUUGAAGAAGUUUGAGCAAUCCCUGAGUCUGAUCAGAGCUCGGGUUACUGAUGCUGAGAAGCAUCAAGAAGGAGAAAACAGUGCUGCUAUCAAAGAGUGGCUUCGCAGGCUCAGAGCUGUGCUAUACAGAGCUGAUGACUUGUUUGAUGAUCUCUACAUCGCUCAACAGCGAAAGAAGCGUACGAAAGGGGACAUGGCCAAGAAGGUACGCUUGUUAUUCUCAAGUUCAAGCCCUGUUUUGUUUAACAUUGAACUAGCUCGAGAGCUCAAAUCUAUUAGGCAGGAUCUUGAUGACAUUAAGUCUGAUAUGGAUGGCCUACAUUUGAGUGUCUGUGAUCAUAGAGGAGAAUCUCGGCUUCAAAUGGCUCGUCUGAUGAGCAAAAGGGAAACAACCUCUUUUGUUCAACCAGAUGAGGUCGUUGGUAGGGAAGGUGAUAAGGAUGCAAUAAUUAGUAUGCUCCUUGAUCCCGUGCUUGAUGAGCAAAGUAUCUUUGUCAUCCCAAUUGUGGGGUUUGGGGAUAUUGGCAAAACAACGUUGGCUCAAUUGGUUUUUAAUGAUGAGAGGGUUAAGCACCAUUUUGAGCUUACUAAAUGGGCUUGUGUACCUAUGAUAGAUGAUCACAAAGAAUUUAUGCGUAAAGUUUUCAGGUGCUUUACUGACAAUGAUCAUCAGAGUCGUUCGUUGGAAGAACUUCAGUCAUGUAUUCGUACAUCAAUAGAAAAUAAAAAGUAUUUGCUUGUGUUGGAUGACAUGUGGGAUGAAAGCCGGGAUAGAUGGCUUUCUCUUAUGAGCUUGUUUAGAUGUGGUAGCAAGGGAAGCAAGAUAAUUGUGACUGCGCGUUCUAAUGUGGUAGCAGAAGUUGUUGGCACUGUUCCCACAUACAAGAUAGGAUUCUUAACAGAUGGGGCGUCAUGGGAGCUUUUUAAAAGACUUGCAUUGAAGGAAGGGCAAGAGGAAGACAAUCCUAAUUUUACUAAGAUUGGGAAAGAAAUUGUUGAUAGAUGUGCAAACGUACCACUUGCUAUUAGAGUUAUUGGAAGCCUGCUCUACUCUAAGGAUAGUGAACAAGAGUGGUUGUUGUUUAGAGAGGCUCAUCUUUCAAAGACAAAGAUGACAGGAGAGAACGACAUCAUGCCUGUGUUAAAGCUAAGUUAUGAUUUCCUGCCAUCACCGUUAAAACAAUGCUUUGCGUAUUGUUCGCUGUUUCCAAAAGACUAUGAAUUCAAGAAAACUGAAUUGGUUCAGUUAUGGAUGGCUCAAGGGUACAUUGAACCAUCUCAAGAGAGUCUUAGCCUUGAGGAUGCUGGGGGUUUAUAUUUUCUGGAGUUACAAAGGAGGAAUUUAUUUCAAGAUGUCAAGGAAGUGGCUCUAACAGGAAGGGUAACAUACAAGAUGCACGACUUAGUACAUGACUUGGCCUUGCAUGUAGCUGGUUUAGAGGAGAAAACGUUUGAGGGUAGUUUUGAAGAGGGAAGGAGUUCAUCAUCUUUGCUCACAAUGAGGAAAAUGCGGUCCAUUGUGAAUGCUAAGUUUUCAUCGCCAUGUUUGAGAGAGAUGAUACCAUUUUUUCAAUCCUUACGUGCCUUGAGCUUGGUAAGAUUUGCAGAAAGCACAUUGCCAGAUUGUAUAGGGAGGUUGAGACGUCUAAGAUACCUUAAUCUUGAACAUGGCAGGAUGAAGUGUCUUCCCAACUUCAUCGCGGAGUUAGAGUGCUUACAAACUCUCAAUCUGGACGACUGCUGUUAUCUAAAAAGAUGGCCAAGAGGUUUUUCUAAUUUGGCCAACCUUAGGCACUUGCGAUUUCAGGGAUGCGAAUUCCGUGAUAUGCCAUCAGGGUUUGAGAAGAUGAAAUCCCUCAUAGAGUUGAACAAAUUUAUUGUGGGAAAAGUUAGCGGUCUGGACACACUAGGUGCUUUGGAUCUUAAGGGAGAUUAUGUAGAAAUUGAUUUUUGCAAAUGUCGUAUAGAUUCAGUGGGAGAAACCAGAAGGGUGAAUAUGAAGGACAACCAGAGAUUGAAAUUAAAUUUCUGUAUGAAAGAAGAGACUCCUAAAUCCGGUGAUAUGGAGCUUAUGUUAGAAUGCCUGAUUUUGCCUCCAAAUCUUGAAGAAUUGAGUAUUGGGGGCUACAGUGGAGAAAGGUUUCCAACUUGGAUGCUCCCUAACCUUGUUACUGUUAAGAUUUAUAAUUGUAAAAGCUGCGUGCAACUCCCCCAGUUCAGUCAGUUACCUUUUCUCAAAUGGCUAGAUCUUUCUAAUUUAGAAGCCUUGGAGUACAUAGAAGAAGAUGGUUGGGGUGGUGAUGGAGAGUCUUGUUCUGCAACGCACUUCACCGCCUUGGAGUUUUUGUAUAUACGUAAGAUGCCGAAACUAAAGGGAUGGUUUUGGAGACCGCGAGUGAAGGAUGAUGUCCACCCUGUCCCUCAACAAGCAGCGAUGACAUCAGAUGUUCAUCAAGACUUGACGUCACAUCGACUUCUAUCAUUCCCACGUCUUUCAACACUAUAUAUACUUGAUUGCCCACAGUUUGUUGUGUCCAUGCCUCUAACCCUGCUGCCAAGGCUUGAGGAAUUUCAUGCUCAAAACAUCCAUGAGUAGGGGCUAGAAUCCCUUCUGGCAUCACAUAGAGAAGCACCUUCAUCUUCAUCUUCAUUUCCAUCUUCUUCUUCCUCACCAACUCUCUCCACGUUAAAACAUUUGUCUGCCUGGAAUAUGAAUAUAGUUUCUUUUUCAAUUAAUUUCGGUAAUUUAGAGACCUUACGUAUCAAAGAUUGCGAGAAACUCACCAGUUUGAUCGUUGUUUCUCCAAAUUCCUCCAUUGGGCAGCUAUAUCUUAGAAAUUUGAAAAAUCUGAGAGCCCUACCAGAGGAGAUUGGCCACCUCUCCCAGCUUCGUUACCUUGACAUCUGGGAUUGUACUGAAUUGGCCUCACUUCCACAAUCAUUGCGUUGCCUUUCUUCUUUACAAUCACUUCGAAUUGAGCGAUGUCCACACCUGAAGACAAGAUGUCGGAAACCAGACGGUGAAGAUUGGCCCCUUAUUCAGCACAUCCCCCACAUUAAAUUAUCUUAAAUAGGAACUGCUGGCAUACCUCAUUUCAGAUCCUGAUUGAUACAGAUACUUGUCGGUUGCACCAGCUCAAGUUUUACUACUGUUUUAUGGAUCAAUCGUUUUGUUACUAUCAUGUAAUUGAUUGUGUUCAAGAUUGAAUUUUAUUUUUGAUAUAUGUAAACUUACCUUAAGGUAGAA